UUCUCCUCCUCCUCAGCAUGGCCCUCUCCCCGCCGCCGGGCUUCCGCAGCCCCUUCGCCCGGCCCCGCUGCCUGGCCGCCGCCGCCCCCGCCGGCAAAGCCAAGCUCACCCACCCCGGCAAAGCCAUCCUGGCAGGUGGCAUUGCUGGUGGCAUUGAGAUCUGCAUUACAUUCCCUACAGAGUAUGUGAAGACUCAGCUCCAGCUAGAUGAGAAGGCCAACCCGCCACGCUAUAAGGGGAUUGGGGACUGUGUGAAGGUGACGGUCCGAGACCAUGGGAUCAAAGGCCUGUAUCGGGGCCUCAGUUCGUUGGUAUAUGGCUCCAUACCGAAGGCUGCUGUGAGGUUUGGCAUGUUUGAAUUCCUCAGCAACCACAUGAGAGAUGCUGAAGGGAAGCUGGACAGCAAACGUGGCCUCCUUGCUGGCUUGGGAGCUGGCGUGGCAGAAGCUGUGGUCGUGGUGUGCCCUAUGGAAACAAUAAAGGUGAAGUUUAUCCAUGAUCAAUGUUCUCCAAAGCCAAAAUAUCGAGGUUUCUUUCAUGGAGUGCGGGAGAUUGUUCGGGAACAAGGCCUCAGGGGCACCUACCAAGGUUUAACAGCCACUGUCCUAAAACAGGGAUCAAACCAGGCCAUUCGCUUUUUUGUCAUGACAGCACUCAGGAACUGGUACAAAGGGGACGAUACAAAUAAAGUCAUAAACCCUCUUGUGACGGGAUUAUUUGGGGCUGUGGCUGGGGCAGCCAGCGUUUUUGGAAACACCCCGCUGGACGUUGUGAAGACCAGGAUGCAGGGUCUUGAGGCCCACAAGUACAAGAGCACCUGGGACUGUGCCUAUAAAAUCAUGAAAUACGAAGGACCUCUUGCGUUCUACAAGGGCACCAUUCCUCGCCUGGGCCGGGUCUGCUUAGAUGUGGCCAUUGUCUUCAUCAUUUACGACGAAGUGGUCAAGGCCCUCAACAAAGUGUGGAAGACCGACUGAGCACUUAGGGCCUGCAGCAGAGACACGACCAUCUCCCCACCUGCCAGGCAACAGCUGGGAAAAGAGCAUGACCACAGAAGGCAUUCUAGGGGGGAUGAUUUUGUUGUUGGGUGUUUUUUUUUUUUUUUGCUGUGAGGGGCCCCCAGCAGGCAGGCCCCCUCCAUGGGUUCAAACCAGACUCGAAUAGAGUCCCCGAGCUGCUGUUUCUAUACCAGGCUUCGUGAUACAUAUUUAUCAGAAUUAACUGUAGAGAUUUUUUAAAAUUAUUGAUUGUACACUGACAUGACCAGGGGACAUUUGGAAAGGGAAGGGCACGGAAUUGCAGGGGCGGGGCCGCAUUUAUGUGCCACCUUUUGGCUAGGCCUUUUUCUGCCAACUUGAGCAAGGACAGUUCACUUAGUGCCUAUAAGAAAGAGGGAGAAAAAGUGCCCUCCAAUGUGGAGUGUUUUGGAAUCAAAGCCAAUUCUUCCCAUUGGAUUUGGGAUGGUAAUGGUGGGGUUUGCUUUUAAUUGAGUUUUAGUUAUUCUGCCAGUAAUUGAACCCAUAGAUGAGCUCAAGAUUGGGGGGCAAGGGGGUUAGAUUUACAACUUUGUGGACUGUCUUCAAGUCUGCUGAUGUGCACUCACCUCACUCACACACGCACAUGUUUUUGUUUUUGUUUUUUGGUGAUAUGGACACGCUUUAACAAAUGGAGAAAGGACUUUGGAGAUGAAGGCAGCAAGAAAAACCUUGAGCACAUUCCACGGUCAUCCUCCAACGGCUUUCUCUCAGCAGAGAGCAGCACCUUGUGGCUUUUCUUUCUCUUCUGAGCCACAGCCAGGCUUCUGGCCCAGAUAGGGAUCACACCACUGCAUUUGCGUGGCUUUUUCUUUCUCUCCCUCUCCUUUUAAUUUUCUUUAAAAUGGUUUGGAUGGCUCAGGAACAGAGGAAGGCAUCUCCGUUUGUAGAUGUGUCUGUCCCCAGCACCAAGAGUAGGGGAAGCUGUUGUCUAGAGGUAGGAAACCUCUCCAGAUUUACAACGCCUUUACCCACUAAGGGAGUCCCACACACAAGGGGCAGUAGCUGCCCGGGGCAGCAUGGGCAGCUGCUGUGCCAAGGUGAGGGAGCAGCUGCUACACCAAUGGCAAAGACUCUGGUAGACCUUGACUUCUGUUCCCAUCAGCUGGUGCCAUUCAUUUUGUAGGCUGGCAAACAGCAUCUACCACAGGUGCCUAAAAAUCUAUUUUUCCUUUUUCCUUGAGUAUCCUUGUUUCCCAAAAUGUUGUUGCAGGGCAUCUCUCAGAACUGCUGGCCUUUAGCCCUGCUGUUUGGGAGUUUGAAGCCCCAUGAUGUUUGAUUGCAGCGGGAAGAGGAAUAUUUACAGUUUUUGAAGGCAUCGUAGGGCACAAUGGUAAGGAGUGGGCCCAGUUGCCCCGGAGGGUCUAGCCUCUUGCCAACUCAGAGAAAUGGAGCUGAUGGAAGGGGCUGGAGGUGGGCACAGAGGUCUUGGAAGCUGCUGACAGUGCCAUCCAAUGUCACCAUUCCUUAUUUUUCAGCCCUAGAGAUAGGACACCUGUGACCUUCUUAAGUCAGUGGUGUCAAACUUGUGGCCCUCCAGAUGUUUGACAUCAGCUCCCAGAAUUCCUGACCAUUGGACAAGCUAGAUAGGGCUUUUGGGAGUUGGAGUUUCAAACACCUGGAGAGCCACAGGUUUGAUACAUCUACUCUAAGCCGUCUUGGACUGUCCCCUUCCUCAGUUGAACCGGCAUGGCAAUGCUGAAGGAUGUUAGGAGUUGCAUUCCAGCACUGCACAGAGGGCUAGACAUUCCCCUUUGUUCUACCCUUUUUCCUAUGGCAUUAGUGUUGCUCACAUGCUAAGGAGAUGCUUUAAAAUGAAUGUGUCCCCCCCCACCUUUCCAUUAUGAAAAAUGACCUUCUGUGUUUGUGUAGCUUUUCCUGCUGAGUUGGGAGGGACAACCUUUCUUGCUCCCACAACAAACUCAUUCCAUAACAUUUGCUUGUUUACAUUUUCGGCUUGGAAGACGGAUGCUUAGGCCUUAAAGUCAGCCAAUGGCAACAUGAGCUCUCCCUUUGGUGUUCUGAGGCACUCCAGUCUAGAUACAAAGGGGUGCUUCCUUUUCCAAAGAGUCUUCUGUCUCCCCCCCCCUUUCCCCCCUCUCAUUUGGUUUGAGGGCCACAGCAAGUCCCUAACGGAAUAAUUAAGAUGUGACAAACACAACGCUGAAUUUAGUCCUGCUUGUACUUUAUUGGGAGGGGACUGCCUAAUCGUGUCUUUUUGUUGUCCAGGUGCCAAGAGAGCUUGCGGCAAUACCAAUCCGCGUCUGUGCCAAAUUUUGUAUAUGUUUGUCUUUUUUGUACACUUAGUGACCCCCCCCCCCCCCACACACACAAAAAUCCCAGUGUUUGUUAACUCGCUGCUGUUGAGUUAGUUAAAUGCAGCCUGUUGUUGAUGGAGAUGAGCGAUGGAGGGAGAAAGUCGAGCGACCUCUGCUCCCUCCACCAUGUUUACAGGUAUGGUAGGGUUGCCAGUUGAAUAAAAUUAUAUGGCUGAUUUUAAGAUGUUUCGGUCUGUAGCCAGACUGUGUGAACUGUUUUGGACUGGAGCUUUGGGUAACCAACUGAACAUGCAAGCGCACUGGCUGCAAGUGAUAGACUUCUGAUUUCACAAAAAUUGAGCUAUGCCUUGGCAACAUUCCCCCCCCCCCCCCCCCCCCCCCCCCCCAUGCUCACACAUUUGUGGCUUCGAAUGUUAGGCUUACUGUUGUAAGAUGUUCCAUCUACUAUGGGCUUUGAUAGGCAACUGAAGGAUGAUUCCUGUGCCAACUGUGUGACUGAGCCAAGGUGGGGCAAGUUGCUUCUCUUCUUCACGCCAAGGCUUUGUUACCUGGACUUGUAUUGAAUGUUUUCCACUCUCUCACUCUGUGCCCCGGCAGCCCGACACUAGAAUGAUUCUGGAAUAUCUGAGCUCUCCAGCAGGGAUGCCAACAAUAAAACCAAAGUUGCCUGUUUAAUAAAGUCACUUAUGCCCCGGCAGCCCGACACUAGAAUGAUUCUGGAAUAUCUGAGCUCUCCAGCAGGGAUGCCAACAAUAAAACCAAAGUUGCCUGUUUAAUAAA